AUGUGUGAUACACCACGAGAGAGCCAUGAAGGCUUGCCAGUCCUCGGGGCCCCAAUCGGAAGCGAUAUCAGCUACACAGGUCUAUUUUGGCUCCAUGAGUCAUAUGUCCCUCGCUGUGAUAGUGAACCUACCGCCAACGCCUUCACGACUACUGCCAACGUGGCAGAGAUCCCACGUGAUCUUACAUUCCGUCAUGAAGACAGAUGGGUAUACACUGACGACAUCACGAACAUCCAGCCCUUUCCAUUCAUUGGGUUUGCUCGCACCCAGAACAAUGAAUAUUAUAUUCGCAAUACUUCCGAAGCCAGCCACGGAGACUUCCUUACGUCCAUUGCCAUCAAACUCCGCGGUUUUGAAUACAAGGACCCGGACCGCUUGAAUAAGCGCCUCCAGGUACUCCUUAGCAAUCUACUUGCUCUGACCGAAAUUCACCUGGUGGGUCCGGAAUGUUACGACGAAAACCCCAUCCCGCAGGGAACAGGUUUCGGUUGUUCAAAUCAAUACUACAACCUAAAGAAGUACACCAACGUUUUCAAGAGUUUGUUUGGGGAUACGGAGACUUUCAUGCCAACACCAGACGUAGUGCGGCGUAUUUGGGUCUGCAGAAUUGCCGGAGACAAUGGAGUGAAGAGGGAGGUAACCUUGCGAUUUGGAUACCACGGGGAGGUUCCGUGUAAAGAAUGGGAACGGUGCUUUGGAGAGUGCGCCUACAUAAAAGAGGUGGACAAAUAA